UUUUAACUGACAAUAAACAGCCGGUUCAAACAACUCAAGCAAAUGAACUAGCCACAAUGAUGAGCCCCGCAUCAGACACAAGAGAAGAAGUAUGCCAAGGUAAUUAUCCCUCCACCCCAAUUCUCAACAACAUUUUGAUGAAUGCACCUCAAGAGCAAAUUAUGGAUAAUUUGCGCAACCCACAAAAUAAUAAUAAUCAAAGCCAGCCAAAUAAACCAUCAUUGAGUAAAAAAGCCCAAUAUAAACUUUCAAGGGAUAUGACUUCAACUAAACUACUAAUUUUGCAAUCAAUCAAUGAAACUCUCAACAGCAUCCCACCAAGAGAACUACCAUUUACAAAAGAUGAAAUUAGAAUAAUUUUACAGCUUAAUCCCAGUCAAUUUAAUGUACAAACUACUAUCAAUAUGCAUGCGUUUAAAGCAUUGACAAAGCAACAUCCUAAUCAACUCUUUAUAGAGUACCUGUAA